AUGGGGCUACACAGUUUCCACAAUGACUCCCCUCCCUUUGCCGGCGCGUCGACAAUGGAACACCCCGAGCCCUCCUCUCUCUCUCUCGGGGAAACCGUGCACUCGACGAUAUCGCGCUCUUCAGACCCUCGCACAUCCCCAGUAACCUCAACACGGGUAAUCUCGGAGGCGACACCACAAGGCUCAGUUGGUGACGAGGAGGCAGGGCGUGCGCGCUCGCGCCGCCUCGUAUCUGGCUACCGCUUCGGCAACCCACCCUCUCCGUUGGUCGUGAACAACGGGCUUACCAUGAGCUCGACUUGUGCGUACGAGGGCGACGACACUGCACUCGAGCUCGAGCGGGACACGCAGCAGAGUGACUCGCCACCUCUCAGCGAGCCAGAAGAGAGUGCACUCGACCACAACGAGUCGACCCUUGGGGGCAAGCCGACCGCAACGCGGCGCCGGAGCGAACGCGCGAGCCACCGCGGCGCUGUUUGGGGAAUGGACACGCUCGUCGGGUUAAAUGACGGGGAGGCGGACGCGGACGACCGCGCCCCAAAGAGCGAGCAUCCCACACAAGCUUAUUUGCUCGGGGAUGGCGGCGAGCCGGGCCAGUACCACUUCCCUAGACAUCGUCUCAAGACGCGCAUGAAGGACGAGUCCAAGAUCCCACUCGUCAUCGUGGCGUGUGGCUCGUUCUCGCCACCCACCUACCUCCACCUUCGCAUGUUCGAGAUGGCCAAAGACGAGAUUGUCGAGUCGGGGACGUACGAGAUUAUGGCAGGCUACUACUCGCCCGUGUCGAGCUACUACAAAAAGGCUGGGCUUGCGCCGGCGAUCGACCGCGUGCGGAUGUGCGAGUUGGCCGUCGAACACACGUCGACGUGGCUCAUGGUAGACCCCUGGGAGGCCGGGCAACCAGAGUACCAGCGCACGGCCGUUGUACUGGAGCACUUUGAGGAGAUGCUGAACGGCAACGGUGGCGUCUACAUGGCGGACGGGAGCAGGCGGAGGUACAAGGUCAUGCUGUUGGCCGGUGGCGACCUCAUCGAGAGCUUUGGCGAGCCGGGCGUGUGGGCCGAGCCAGAUCUCCACAUCAUCCUCGGACGCUUCGGGUGCCUCAUCGUCGAGCGUGCCGGUUCGGACGUGUGGGCGUUCCUUCUCUCGCACGACAUCUUGUAUCAUCACCGUCGCAACGUCAUAGUGAUCAAGCAGCUGAUCUAUAACGACAUUUCGUCCACAAAGGUGCGCCUCUUCGUCCGCCGCGGCAUGAGCAUCAAGUACCUCCUGCCCAACUCGGUCAUCCAGUACAUACACGAGCACAAGCUGUAUCGUGAGCCGGACCGCAAGAUGAUCGGGGGCCGCGCGCCUCAGCGUAAUACGAGGACCGACGAAAUGUAG